AUGUUUGGCAUCUGUUGCAUCUGUGAAGAUGCCAAAAGCACAAAGGCGACGCCUACAUCAACAAAAGGUCGUCGGAGUUCGCAGAAGAUUCCUAGCUCCGACGUGAAAGCUGGAGGAGGCGGUGAUGCCUCCACUGCUGCGACAGCAGAACCCGCUUCUUCCAGCUCCGUGCAGAUAGAGGUAGUGGAGAAGGAUGCGACGGCUUCGUACUCGGGAUAUGCUGCACAAGCAGAUGUUCUGGGCGAGCAGCAGGCCGAUGGCGUCGUCACGGUGGAUGUGGACGACACAGAAGAUGCGCCAACGCAAAAGCGAACUCGGCGCAGAAGCCAUUUCGUUCCAGGUGGCGGUCCUGCGCCCGAGGACGUCUCCCCGGCAGCAGUGACGUCUGGCAUGGGAGAACUUCAAUAUCUUGUGCAAGAUCCAUCAAAGGUUUUCCAAGGUGUGGCGGUUGAAGCAUGCAUGCUCGGGAUGACGAAGGCAGGCGGAUUGGAUGCAAUUGUAGAAGGUGAGUUCAAGGAGAAGUCUCUAGAACAAGCCGGAUGUGCCAGCGAUGUUGCAGCCAGGUCUCGAUUCUUGAAGGCGGGUGUGGCUGUGAGCUGCGCAAAGGGCCGCAAGCCAGGGACUCCGAACCAGGACAAUUUCUUCGUUGCAGAGUGUGGACACUUCCUUCUCUGCUGCGUUGCAGAUGGACAUGGCAUCGGCGGUCACUGGGCAUCUCACUGGACUUGCAAGUUUGUGCUGCGGAUGCUUCUGGAACACAUGUCGACGAACAAGGAAUUACCGGCAGAGACAGUUAUGACGAGGAUCUUCGACGUUGUGCACCAGGAAUUGGUGUGCGCAGCUACGACGAAGGACUUCGAAUUGACGCUGAGUGGGACCACGUUGUCAGUGGCUGUCGUCGACCGAAAGAAAAAGCAGCUCCUGUUGGCUUGGGCUGGAGAUUCGAGGUGUGUGCUGGGCCGGCCUGCAUCUCGUUCCAAAGGAAAACCUUCGUGUGUGGGAGCUUCAGAAGACCAUAAGCCCAACGAUCCACAGGAGAAAGCCCGCGUUGUCCAGAGUGGUGGCGAAGUGUUGCUGCUGCCUGGUGAUGUGCCACACCGAAUAUUUGCCAAGAACAAGGAGGUUCCAGGCUUGGCAAUGUCCCGCUCCAUCGGGGACUUGUCUGGACAUUCUGUGGGAGUGAUUCACCAGCCAAGUUUCAAGCUGCUUGAGUUCCAGAAGGAAGAUCUGCUGCUUUGUUGCUCCGAUGGAGUUUGGGAAUUCCUGAGCGAUGCGGACGCUAUAAGCACCGUGCUUCAGGUUGGGCGCAAAAAUCUUGCCGAUGCUGCAGUGAAGCUGGUGUCCGAUUCGAGAGCGCAGUGGCUUGCGGAAUCCGAUGACUGCUGCGACGAUAUCACUGUCAUUGCCGUGUGGCUGUGCAUAUCUGUUGUGGAGAAAUCUCUCCGAGUCAAUGUGUACCGCCGCCAUCUCCACUUCGAAGAAGUAGAGCUGAUUACGGUGGCCCGUGCCGAAGGCCUGAAUCUUGUUGCACAGCUGAUUUGUCGCGAUCGUAGCGUCUUGGUUUUCCUCUUUGUUGAGAUGGGGUUGAUGAGGGUGGGCAGCCUCAUUUACACGUUCACUCGUCCGCAGAAACAGGAUUGCCGGAGUUUUCGGCUUGCUCUGAAGUCGCACCUCUUGCUAACUGCCUUCUGUGCUUCGAACAAAGAUGCUAAUGACAGGUUGUUGGAGGCCCUCUUUCCAGGUGUGCAUCUGGACUUUGCUGCUUUGUCAGGCAAGAAAGGAGGCAGUGCGAGCUUUGUGUAUGCUCUGGGUGGGUGGAACUUCUGCGAGGCGGAUCCUUGGGAGUCCGAGGGCAGCGAUGUGGAACUCUUCCAUUCAUCUUUCGUCCGAGGCGGGAAGCGGCGCAGCUCGACCAAACUCGAGAGGCGACGAGAAAGCUCGUCGAAAACAGAAGUUCUGGCAAAGCAGCGGAUACUUCGACGCUCGCAUGUAAGAUACGAGUUCGAAGACAUCUUCCAACGUGUCUUGGCAGAGGAGCAGGCAGUGAACUUCUUCACUUGCGAGGUCGGCGCCUCCUCUCUUCCGAAGCGCCCUCUUUGUGCUUGCUGCCUUCGAUUGGGCAGGUACAUGUGCCUGCGAUGCAAGGGGAGUUUCUGCAGCAUCCGGUGCCAAAGAAUGCACAAAGAGGCACUUUGCAGAUGA